UAAUCUUUCAGAGUUUGAGCAAGCAGAGACCCUUCUGAUCUCAGAGGUCCGGAUGUUACUGGAACACAGGAAACAACAGAAUGAAAGUCAAGAGGAGGAACAAGAACUCAGUGAUGUUUUCAUGAAGACACUCAACUACACAGAGAGAGUGUCAAAGUUUAAGAACAGAGAAACAAUUGCUGACGUCAGAGGGUUAUUACAGCAGCAGCAACCUAAGCUCCACAAGUUUGAACUCGCUCUACUUGCCAACCUCUGUCCAGAAACUGCUGAAGAGGCUAAAGCUCUCAUUCCAAGCCUUGAAGGAAGAUUUGAGGACGAUGAGCUAACGGAAGUCUUGGAAAACAUGCAAACGAAGAGAAGCUUCCAGUACUGAUCGAUGCUUUCAUAUAGUACACUCACCCAGAGUAAGCUUUCCAUCAAUGCAAAAUGGGGUCGGUGAUCUUUCAAGACUAUCUGUAUAUAUGCUUCUAAAAGUUGAAUCAGGGCCCCAUCAAGCAAUGAGCUGAAAUUGGUCUGAUCGAAUGCAAGUACGGCAAGCCGGUGACGCCAACAUCUAGAGUAAAUGUAUAUGUCCAUUCAAAGUGUUUUCUAAAUAUAAUGAAUGAACGAUUCGAUGGUAUUUGCUCCGAUGACAAUUGCUCCGAUGGAAAAUCUGCAUGUAAUUCCAAACAUAAGACCUAACCUCCGAUUUUAAAUAGACCCUAAUCCUUAUCUUUACAUUAUUCUGAACCAGAAACUCGAUUACAGUCCUAGCUCUAACCCUAUGCCCUCUGAGAUAUUAAGACUGAAGCAAAUGUCGCAGGAGCAAAUGUGUCACCGAAUGAACAAGAAUGCGUCACUGUUUAGACAAUCAGUGUGCUCUUUUUUGUUUAAAAAAAGGAUAUUAUGUGAGUUUGCUACGUGGAGAUGACAUUGAUGGGUUUUCCAUAGUUGAGAUGGACUGGAUCAAUCACAACACUUUGUGAAACAGGGCCCUGGAUGCCUUUGUCGGAAUUGAUUGGCAGAAGAGUUAUACACAACCCAAAGUCGAUUUGUGAAAAGACCAUUUUCUACAAGAUCUAUUUUUCAAUGGACAAUCAUUGGGAUAUUUCUUCCCAAAAUAAUUCUCAAAUUUUCUCUGGAACAUUUUGGCAGAGGACAUGUUUUCUAAGGACAAAUUUACCAUUAUCAGCUUAAAUCCUGAAUAGGUCAUGUAAUAAUGGAAAUAUAAAUUCCAUCCUGUUUUUAUUUGGUUUAUACCCUAGUCACACUAAGGCAGAAUGAAGAUACUUGGGAUAUUCCUGUAUAUUCAAAUUGCAUUCUAAAUACCCCAGAAAGAAUUAUGAAAGCAUUCCAAAUGUUAUGGGAGAUAUAUUGCGCAUGAUUUUUAGGGUUCUUCAGCAAAAGUUAUUGGGCUAAAUCAUAAACUCUGGUCCUGAAUGUCUUCUAUGACACAAUCUUUAUUAUGAAAUUUGUUUUUUUUUAAUCUGUAAAAGCUACUGGAUAUUAAAGUUAUGCUUAUCACAAUAUUCUUCAUUAUUUUAUCAUCAUAAAUCAACAGAAAAUGAUACUAUUUAUUACAUGUACAAGUUUUUCCACUUGAUUGCUGAAGAUUUCUGUUGUUACCGGAUAAAAAUGUUCUUGUAAAUACCAUGGUUAAUACAUUUUGAUAUUUGGAGAGUAUUUUUUGACAGGGAAUGAAAAAGGAAAUGCUGAUAAUUUUACAUUGUGAUUUCUAUGUAUACAAAUGACUAAAGAGUAAUGAAGAUUACCGGUAAGCUAUAAUUGAUAUUCCAUUUGCAGAAAUUUGCAGAAAAAUCGUUUUGUAAGACAUCUGAGUAAACUUAUUUGUAUAAAGUUUUGUACAUAUUAUA